AUGAAAUUAUGGUUGGUUGUUUGUUUUUUAUUUUUAUUUUCAAAUAAUUUCAUAUGGGCGAAGCAAGAUGAUGAGGUGAAAAAAAAUAAAAGAUAUAUGUUAAGAAAGAAAUUUAAGAAUAAUAAAAUACAUAUAAUGCAAAAUGAACCAAAUAAAAUUUUUUUACAAGUACAAUCAAAACAUAUAUAUGACCCUACUGGUGUAUUUAGAGAUAUGCAUAAUUUUGCAUUAGGUGCGUCUACUAUUUAUUUCUCGAGGCUCAUGUGGGGUGCUAUCAUAUUUGUAAUAAUGUUUAUACUAGUAUCAAUAAUAGGUAUAUAUUUAUAUGUUGAUAAUCUGGAAAAUACCUUAUCUCAUAAGAAUAAACAUCAUAAGAAUGUUAUGAAUCAUUAUAUAGUUAAUCCAAAUCCUAUGCAUAAUUAA